GUUAGAGUGGUAUUAGUGUUGUUGUAAGUGUAGUUUUAGCACCCCCAACAGGAGAUUUUGUAAAUAGCAAGUGACGUCACAGGAAGUACAAAAUCGGUGGAUGUUUACAUGGUGCUUGAUGUCUGAUCAUCAUCCACGUCUAUCUGCCUCCAUCCUUCGUCUUUCGUGUUAUCGUCUGUAGGUAUACUGUUUGUUAUCUACUUAUGUUUAGCUUAUUCACUAUAUUUUACUGUAACAAAAUGGUGCAUGUUGUAAUCGUAUUUUUUGUUGUAUUUAUUUCAGUUUCACACUUUCUGCAUUAGUAAACCUGUGGACAAAGAGAAUUGUCUUCAGUGUGUUAAUGGAAGAAAGGUGUUGAACCUUGCUGCCGGUCCUCUACUUCGUGGUGAAGUGGGAAAGACAGUACAGUGAAAAGACGGCACGUUAUACACGAGGCAAUCCAGUGAGUGUCACUACAGCAACUGUCAUCACACAAUACAGCUUCUUCCGACCUGCAAUAUGGAGACAAAGUCAGCGUCAUUAAAGACAAGGUCUUAUGCAUCAAUGUCAUCCACUCGUUCCAGUGGAACAGCAACUAGCGCUGCAGCUGCAAAAGCCAGGGCUAACGCUGAAGCGGCAAAGGCACGUUUAGUAUUUGCAGAAAAAGAAAUGAAGUUAAAAAUGGAAAAAGCUCGUCUAGAAGCUUCAAUGGAAAUGUUGACUAUAGAAAAGGAGACUGCUGCAGCCAUAGCAAAGGCAGAAGCUUUAGAAGCAGUGGUGGGAGCAAGUGAAGGAAAACACAGCUGUAGGCUUCCUUUCAUCUCAUCAGUAGUUGACUCUUCCGAGCGCACAAAAGAGUAUGUGAAGAACCAGGCUAAACUUUCAACAGACAUGCAUGUGGAAUCACACGAUGCGCCGUGUUUACAGUCACAACGGCUACCUCUAGAACAACCUUCACACAAUACGUUGUACAUGCCACAUCUCACUCCACCAAGAGAUGAUUGCACUGCUGUUGCUAAUAUUUUUAAAACACAGCAAAAAAGCCUUAACCCAUUUAUCACAAUGUAUGUCAACGCCACCUCAUCGCAAGAGAUGGAGCACCAGUACAGAACUAUAACAGAAAGUGAUCAAGAUUCUGUAAUGCCUGCACACAGUCCCACUGUAAAUCAGCAACCAUGUGACACGAACAAUGCCAUGGAAGCUCGUCCCACAUCCCAACGUGGCAACUUCCAGCAGCCUGCUCACUCAACUGGUUCGCAGAUGACAGACUUCGUCAGAUUUCUAGCACGAAGAGAACUUGUUACAACAGGUCUUUUACAGUUUAACGACAGACCGGAGAACUACAGGGCCUGGCGACGUUCAUUCCAGAAUGCCAUAAGAGACUUAAACCUAACAUGUGAUGAAGAAAUGGACCUGCUUGUCAAAUGGCUGGGAAGUGAAUCAACUGAGCAUGCAAAACGCAUAAGAUCUAUCCAUAUAAACCAGCCAGCUAAAGGGUUAAACAUGAUCUGGAACAGAUUAGAUGUGUCUUAUGGUGCAUCUGAAGCUAUUGAGAAAGCAUUGUUUGAGAGACUUGAUCGUUUUCCAAAAAUUGGAAACAAGGAUCACACCAAACUUCAGGACCUCAGUGAUUUAUUGAUGGAAUUAGAUGCAGCUAAGACUGAGGGAGAUCUGCCUGGUCUUUCUUAUCUUGAUACUCCCAGAGGUGUACAUGCAGUAGCACAAAAAUUACCUUAUAGUAUACAAGAAAAAUGGCUCUCUCAUGGAUCUUCUUAUAAACAAUUACAUUGUGUACCGUUCCCCCCAUUCUCAGUCUUUGUUUCAUUCAUCUACAAUCAAGCACAAAUAAGGAAUGAUCCUAGCUUCAACUUUGUUUGUCAAGAUGAAGUUAAAGUUAACAUACAAAGACCUCCAUGGAAAAACAGAACAAGGGAAAUCUCAGUUCACAAAACAGAAGUAUCAGCUGCUGCGUGUUCAGACAACAAAUACAAAAAGAACAUGGAGGAUCCAGAUAGGAGAUGUCCAAUACAUAACAAGCCCCACACAUUACAGAAAUGUCGUACAUUUCGGGAAAAACCUUUAGAAGAAAGGAAAACUUUUCUCAAAGAAAAUGGCAUCUGUUUUAAGUGUUGCAACUCCUCAGCACACACUGCCAGAGACUGCCAAACUAUUGUUAAGUGCACUGAAUGCACCAGUGACAGACACUCUUCAGCACUACACCCGGGUCAGGCACCAUGGGUUAAAGACAUCCAACCACCAAUAAAGCACGGCGGGGAGCCAGAACCCAUUCAAACUUCAGAAGUUACUAGCCAGUGCACUUCAGUCUGUGGAGAAGACCGUGCAGUCAAGAACUGCUCCAAGAUAUGCCUGGCCAGAGUCUAUCCUAAAGGAGAAAGUGACAAAGCCAUAAAGGCUUAUGUUAUCAUAGAUGAGCAGAGUAACAGGUCUCUGGCACACUCGAGUUUCUUCGACACGUUUGGUGUUCAAGGCCCGGCUGCUUCGUACUCACUAAAGACUUGCUCUGGAAUGUCUGAAAAUAUGGGAAGAGUAGCUUCAGACUUCUGUAUAGAGUCAAUGGAUGGUAAAACAGUGCAGCUACUACCAAGUCUGCUGGAGUGUAACGAGAUACCAGACAACAGAGCAGAAAUUCCAACACCGAGUGCUGCUCUUUAUCAUGAACAUCUCAAACCAAUCGUUCACCUCAUCCCAGAACUCGAACCAGAUGUUCCUAUUAUGCUCCUACUUGGACGUGACAUCAUCAGGCUUCAUAAGGUUCACAAAUGCAUCAAUGGCCCACCAGAAGCUCCCUAUGCUCAGAAACUUGCUUUAGGAUGGGUGAUUGUGGGCAAAGUCUGCCUUGGGCGUGUUCAUAAGCCACUCAGCGUGAACACAUAUUUCACCAACAUUCUCGAACAGGCUCGUACAACCAUUUUUGAGCCCUGUCCAAGUGUUCUACAUGUUAAAGAGAGAUACAGUCCCAAAAGAUCAAAGGAUGUCAAUGAGGUAGAAGAUUUUGAGCUAGGUCGCACAGUGUUCCAACUUACCAGUGAAGAUAAUAAACAAGCUUCAUCCUUUGAAGAUCUUGCCUUCAUGGCAAUAAUGAAACAAGGAGUAAAAAAGGAUGCUAGUAAUAGCUGGGUUGCUCCUCUACCAUUCAGACAGCCAAGACAGCACCUCCCUGAUAAUAGACAGCAGACUAUUAGGCGAUUUCACUCUCUCAAACACAACCUAGAGAGGAAACCGGAGAUGAGCCAACACUUCUUCUCCUUUAUGGAAAAAAUAUUUGAAAAUGGACAUGCUGAAGUAGCUCCACUUCUCAACCUAAACCAGGAACGGUGGUACCUUCCUAUUUUUGGGGUGUAUCACCCAAAGAAGCCUGGCAACAUUCGUGUUGUGUUUGAUUCAAGUGCACAGCAUCAGGGGGUGUCUUUAAAUGAUGUUCUCUUGAAAGGACCAGACCUCAACAAUCUACUCCUUGGUGUUCUGAUGAGAUUUCGCAAAGAAGCCAUUGCCAUAACUGCAGACAUCAAACAAAUGUUUCAUUCCUUCCUUGUGAGGGAAGAGGAUCGUAACUUCUUACGGUUUUUUUGGUUCAAGGACAACGACCCUACACAGGAAGUCAUCGAGUACCGCAUGACAGUGCAUGUGUUUGGAAACAGCCCCAGUCCAGCAGUCGCUAUUUACUGCCUUAGGCAAGCUGCGAUGGAAGGAGAACCACAUCAUGACCCUGGAGUGAAAGACUUUGUCAACCGUGACUUCUAUGUGGACGAUGCACUUAAGUCCUUUUCUACUGUAAAGGGUGCAGUCAGUUUGCUGAAGAACACACAGGAUGUUCUAGCAAACUCUAACUUGAGGCUCCACAAAAUUGCUUCUAACAACAAAGAAGUUAUGGAAGCUUUUCCUGCUGAAGACCGUGCAAACGACUUGAAGGAUUUGGACCUAAGCUCAGACGUUCUUCCUGAACAACGGAGCUUGGGACUGAACUGGAACUUGGAGUCUGACGCAUUUGUAUUCAAAAUCGAUCAAGUAGAGAAACCCUUUACCCGUCGAGGCGUCUUGUCUGUGGUAAACAGUGUGUACGACCCUUUAGGAUUCGUGGCUCCUGUGACCAUCCAAGGGAAGUACAUUCUGAGAGAACUGACACAGCAAAGAGUAGACUGGGAUUCUCGCCUUCCUGACAUGAUGGAGGAACAAUGGAUGAUUUGGCGAGAUUCACUGCAAGAUCUAAGUAGCUUGAAGAUUCCAAGACCCUAUACCGAAGUUUCCCUUUCAACAGCAAAGACAAGAGAACUGUGUGUUUUUUUGGACGCAUCAACCAAGGCUAUAGCAGCAGUUGCCUAUCUCAAGGUGGUGAAUGAGGCAGGAAAUAUACAAACUGGCUUUGUCAUGGGGAAGGCAAAACUGGCACCCAGACCUGAACACACAGUUCCCAGACUUGAGCUUUGUGCAGCUGUACUGGCUGUAGAGCUGGCAGACUUCAUAUCAUCUGAACUUGACGUGUAUGUGGAUGCAACAACCUUCUACACUGAUAGUAAGGUGGUGCUCGGAUACAUAAAUAACGAAACAAGGUGUUUUUAUGUAUAUGUUAGCAACCGUGUUGUGCGCAUAAGAAGAUCUUCCCAUCCCAAGCAGUGGAAGUAUGUGUCAACAGUAGAAAAUCCGGCAGACUGUGCAACAAGAUCUGUACCAGCUGCCUUUCUCUCAAAUACCUCUUGGCUUAGAGGGCCUAGUUUUCUUACUGAGCCUAGACAAGAAUCUUUAGAACAAGGUUCCUUUGAGCUUGUGGAGCCAAACGUGGAUGUUGAAGUCCGUCCCCAAAUCUCCACUCUGAAAACACAGGCUUCUCUUACAUUGCUUGGUUCCCAUCGCUUUUCUAAGUUCUCUACCUGGCAAGCUUUGAGACGUGCCAUUGCUACUCUUCUUCAUGUUGCAAUCAGCUUUCAUACGGUCACAGAAAACAGACAGUGUAAAAGGUGGCACUUAUGUCAGAAAGCAGGCACACCUGACCAGCUCAAUCUAUCAGAGGAUGUCAUUAUUCGGACUGUCCAGGAAGAGGCAUAUGCUGAAGAAUUGGCUUGUCUCAAAAACGGUCAAGUGAUCUCACGAAGAAGUCCUCUUAAGGCCCUGGAUCCCUUUAUUGAUGAACACAACAUCCUAAGAGUAGGUGGUCGGAUGAGACAUGGAGAAAUAUCUCUGGAAGAAAAGCACCCUAAGAUCAUUCCUGGUAAGACCCAUAUUGCCACACUGUUGGUCCGAUAUUACCAUGAACAAACCCUGCACCAAGGUCGUCACUUCACCGAAGGUGCAAUUCGUGUAGCAGGUAUCUGGAUUAUUGGUUUGAAGAGACUGGUUGGCAAUGUCAUUUAUCAUUGUGUCACAUGUCGAAAGCUCCGUGGUGUCCCUCCACAACAAAAGAUGGCCGACCUGCCAGCAGAUCGUCUCUCCAUGGACCCUCCAUUUACUUACAUUGGAUUGGAUGUGUUUGGCCCAUGGAAUGUUGUUGCAAGGCGUACAAGGGGUGGUCUCGCCCAUAGUAAAAGAUGGGCUCUGAUAUUCACUUGCAUGGCUGUUAGAGCAGUUCACAUUGAGGUUAUCGAGUCUUUAGACACCUCCUGCUUUAUCAAUGCCCUCAGGAGAUUUUUGGCCAUUCGAGGUCCUGUGAAACAGAUCCGAUCGGACAGAGGCACAAAUUUUGUGAGUGCAUCAGCAGACCUAAGGAUCCCAUCUAAUAUUGACUCCAAAUCUGUUGAGAAGUAUUUGGCAGACAGAGGCUGCUCAUGGGUCUUUAACCCCCCACAUGCAUCUCAUAUGGGUGGCUCGUGGGAAAGGUUAAUUGGCAUAGCCAGAAGAAUCCUGGAUUCAAUGUUUCUGCAAGUUGGGACGUCAAGUUUGACACAUGAGGUGCUUACUACACUGAUGGCAGAAGUGGUAGCGAUUAUAAAUUCAAGGCCUCUCCUACCAGUGUCUACUGAUCCAAGUGACCCAGUUAUACUCACCCCAGCUACCCUCUUAACUCAAAAGACGGGUGUUCCAUCAGUUCCACCUGAAGAUCCUAAUGUUAAGGACCUCUGUAAGCAGCAAUGGCGCCAAGUCCAACAUCUGGCCCAAACUUUCUGGAGCAAAUGGAGAAGACAGUAUCUGUCAACAUUGCAGCCAAGAAGGAAGUGGCACGACAAUCAGACGAAUCUGGAGACUGGGAGCAUUGUGCUUCUACGGGACCAGCAACUCAAGAGGAAUGAAUGGCCCCUGGGCAUAAUUACUCAAGUUCUCCCCAGUCAAGACAACAAGGUCCGCAAAGCAGAGGUCAAGGUGUCCAGGCAGGAUGGAACUAAAGUAUUUCUGAGGCCAGUGACGGAGCUCAUUCUUCUGUUAUCGCCACCGUAGGACUAAACUGUUUUAGAAGUGUUUCUUAUUCAACGUUGAUAGUGGCAUUUAUCUAUGCCAGGCGGGGAGUGUGCUGUUAGAGUGGUAUUAGUGUUGUUGUAAGUGUAGUUUUAGCACCCCCAACAGGAGAUUUUGUAAAUAGCAAGUGACGUCACAGGAAGUACAAAAUCGGUGGAUGUUUACAUGGUGCUUGAUGUCUGAUCAUCAUCCACGUCUAUCUGCCUCCAUCCUUCGUCUUUCGUGUUAUCGUCUGUAG